AUGCUAAACGAGAUCGGUAAGCCGCCGGCGCUACCGAUGGUACUCCACGUUGAUAAUCAGGCGGCACUGAAGCAGCUGGCCGGCGAGGCGUCAUCUCUCAAGGCCAAGCACAUCGAUGUUCGCAAGAAGUUCGUGUGCGACUUCGCUCGACGCGGGAUCAUCGUGUCGCAGCACGUCCGCUCGGAGCAACAACUCGCGGAUCUUUUGACGAAGGCGCUGGACGCAGUCAAGCUCGCGACGCUGUGCAAGAUGAUCGGCCUCGGUUAG